AUGUCGACUCUCACGCGCGCUUUCACGAAACGGUCGAAGCGACCGGAAGUUUCAGCGCCCAUGCCAUUCCGUGGGGACGAGAAAAUCAAAAGUCACACACGGUUCAACUCGGGCAGCAUAAAGCGUGGCAACAUCUCCGGUCCCGUCCAGCUGAUCUCCAGCACGAACGCGCUAGUCUACGACGCACCUGAUCUGGAUCUGGGCUCUCCGAAUUCAUCAUCUGCUUCGUCUUUACGGUCGCGAGGAGAUUCGGACGUUGCUAUCUCUCCCCAGAGCUAUGCCUCUUCGAUUACAACCCCAGAUUCAUCGCCCCACGACGCUUUCCCGGUGGACGCCCACUACUUCCCCAAGCACGUCCCAAUGAUGACUAGCCCACCGCGCUCUUCAACGAACUCUGCUUCGUCUAAUGAGAUCCCCAUCGUUCCCAAGCGGGCUCUCUCCCACACUAAACGAUCCCACCAGGACCUUGCGCAGAGGCGUUCGCAGUCCCGCAUGUCGCCCCCACCUCUCCAUUCGCCCCGCAGCGUACCCGCAAUCCGCUCGUCGCAGGAGAUCUUCCAGCCCGAGGCACACCCGUUUAGCAAGGAGCUGGCGCAGGUGAACGAGGUGGCUGAGGAGUUUGGCAUCGCCCACGUACCCCACAGAGUACCCACCAUUGUGGACGAGGAGGAGAUGCAGCUUCUCAGCAAGGGACUGAAGAAGUUCACCGUGGAUGAUUACCUCUGCGAGAUCGAAGAACUGUACGGCAAUAUCUUUGAAGAUAAAAUCGGGUCCAUCAGUGCUGGCCCGUGGCUUUAG